AUGUUUCCAGACUUUUCGAGUUUGAGCCCUUCAUCAGUCACAAAUUUAAGUGAUUUUCUAAACCAUUAUUAUCUUUCACUGGCUUGUUCCAUUUGUUAUGUUUUAAGUGGCCGAUUACCAUUUAGAAAUAUACAGGUGCACUUAACCGGAAAUUUUGAGGAAAAUACCUAAAAACAACAACAAAGCGUGAAUAAAGGUUCCUGAAGCCAUUUUAAGCAUUUAAUUAUAAGGAGAUUGCUGGGAAAAAAUUUAUCCACUCCCAGCAAGACCGGUGGAAGGGUUCCCAACCAGCAAGGUGCACCUAUAACCUGCAACCUGGCUUACUGGGAAGUUUCCCAGCAGACCUAUGUCCAGACAUUACUGGCCAGUUGGGGUGUGGUCAAAGGGGCAAAAUUUAGACCUUCAGUGGGGUUGUCUUUUUCCCACCAACACUUUCUUUCCGAGGACAUUUUUUUUCCAAAUCUCCCAGCCAGCAAAAAUUAGCCUGAAGAACAGAUAUUUUGAGGAACAGAUCCAUUGGGUGGCCCUGAAUAUAAAGUCCUGGAAGCUGGACUUAAAAACACUGACUGAAAGGUUCCUUUAAGCAGUACUUAGUCUUAUUGUUACAGCCCCUUUUGAAGUAACUGAGCUAAGUUGUUGGCACGGUGAAAGCAUGACAGCCUGGGCUGUAUUUAACGAUGAACUCUGUUUUAGUCGAAAGAGCCACAGGCACCAGAUAGUUAGAUAUUACGAAAAUUGGCCUCGUGACAGGGUGGACAUAAAAGGUUUUUAUCGAUCGAUAUCAUUUUAAGAAAGUACAGUUCACUGUUUUAACGGGAAACAACAUUUCUUGAAUUCCGCAUCGCAGAAUCAGUAAAUCACGUAUCCCGCGCAUAAGUCCAAUUCGAGGGACUCACUAAUACGGUUCUUCAAUCCCGUAAUUUCGACCCAAAAUUUCAUGAUAUCCCCUAUUCCCAAGGGUUAUUUUUAGCAUUUCACCUCCCGCGUAUACUUUCAAUCCCGAAACUCGCCCCGAUUUUGCUUUCAAAUCCCGAAUCCCGAGCUUCAAAGAAGGGAAAUCCCGGGUCCCGAAAAACUUAUUCGGCACCCUUCAAUUCGGGAUCCAACGCUAACUCGAGCUCUGCAUUUCAUAUGAAAUCCCGAAUCCUACGGGUAAAUAAGUUAAAUACCAAGUCUAAAAAAAAACCUUUUGUGGGGACCCUCAACAAUUCUGAACAGGAAGUCCCAGAAGUUCCCUCAAUUUAAAUUUCCGCCAAUUUUUUAGACCUAUAAAGUAUUACUCUGGCUAGGUCAAAGGAUUAUUUUCUCGUAUCAGUUACAACUCAUGGUGGGUUGUAUCCAUUUCAGGGACGAAAUUUAAUAAGUCACGUUUCAGCCUCCGCUUUUCGUUGUGCUUAAUAUAUAAAACGCUCUGAGUUUUCGUCGCCAAAGAAGAUUCACUCCACGCCUUCAAUUUGUUAUCUCGAAAUUGACGCUGUGUAUCUCUGACAACUGUUUUAAACAUGAAACAGCUGACUAGUAAGGAAGACAAGAAGAAGAGCAGAGAAACACUGAAUAGCUUGUGUUCUGUGUCAGCUUUGCUGUUGUCUGUUGCGUGUUGUAUGGCUCUAAUUCACGUGGAACUUCGAAUACAAGAACAUCAUCGACUGAUAUCACACUCGGUAACUGUCUGUGAUCAGAUGGAAACGCAGAUUCUGAGGAAAGUUCAGCAGAAUUACGAACGAUGGCAAGUUACGAGAGUUGAUGGCAUAAAAGGUCAUUUGCAGGGGAGAAAUGGUAAGGAAAAGUUUUACAAUACAAUACAAUAAGAGUUUAUUGUGAAAAUACACUUAGCUACAAUAAUGGUGUGCUUUCACAGACGGAACCGAAAUCGGGAUCUGUGAAAGCACGCCAGCUAAUUUACAGGUAUUCCACAAACACAAUAAAAUUAAGAGUUAAAAAACUAGAUGUGGAAUAUUCUAUAAUUAAUAUUAUAACAAUAAAAUCUUAAUAAGUAUAUCUAGUAUAUAUAGUUUUAUUAAAUUUUCUGGUUUUUGAUGUUAACAUCAGCCUGUUUCAGAUCCUGGCGAUUGUGAAAAUUAUCCUUGUUUAACAUAAUGUAUCGGUCAAAUCGAAGCUUCAACAUCCCCCCCCCCCCGGGCAUACCCCGGGCAUUUGACAACUUUGCCGUCCCGGGCAGGAGGGAAUUUGAUUAUCAGUGUCUUCCAGGGGGUGGGGAAUUUGAUCCCUAUGCGUUAGGGGUGGGGAAUUUGAACUGCACCCUCGAUUUCAUGUGAAAUCUCUGGCGUGGCGAGCUGCAUGGGGGACAUGGUGUUAGAGGAUUUUCGUGGAAAAGAUUGUGCCUUUGUGGCCAAUUGGUUACGAUGUUUGUGCCGUAUUUGAAGGUAUUUAAAUUUUAAUAUUUUUAAUAUUGGAUUCAGGCUUUGAAUAUAUGAAUGUAUUAAGUUUUGUUUAUAAUGAAUUACAGUACCUAUUCUUGGGUUGCAGGUGACGUCACCAAAAAUCAAACUAAGAAACUAUCGAUUCUUCUGAAUUUCUACUUUCACGAGGUAUUGCAGUACCCAAACACCUUUACAUAAACAAAUUUUUGGUUCGAAAGGGUUCUUCAUUUUGCGAGAGAGGACGCUUGAAUUUCCAGGCUUUUGCGUGACGCGGCAUUUAGUUGGCGGCCGGGAAAGUUCUUAUGUGGAUUAAAAACGUUACCAAUUUUGGGCGAUUUUGCAAUCUAAACAUUCCUUGUCUAAGAAUAAAUAUUACUGUAAUCUUUAUGAGUUCCUCAAGCGCAUUAGUAGGAAAACUCGAAAACAGAUGUUUCUGUUGGUAUCCGGCGGCCAUAUUGGUGUUCCUGAAAGGGACACUAACAUGGCGUUUCCAUACAAAGCUUUAUAAAUUUAGGUAAACCGUUUUUUCCCAAUAUCUCGCAUUUGAAAUAUUUCACAGACCUGAUUCUUGGCAAGGGAUUUUGUAUAUUUAUCUUUUUUCAUUCCCUAGAUUCUAGUCCUUCUGUAUUGAAUGGUUUACAUUUUCAUUUUUCAUUGCGUGACAGUGCAAGCCGAGAAUACCGGGUUUCAAUAAAGCUCAACAGAGGUCAAUUAUUUUGACCUGCGGUAUCCAUAUUAAUUGAUAAGGUGAGCGAUGGUGCAUGUCAGUGAAUUUUUGAUGAUGUAGUUAUCUCAAUAGGUCGGAUUAUUUUAUAAAGAACCCUUUGUAUGUUGCGCAACACACGAAGAAACUCUGAGCCUUCAGUGACCUUGUAGCAGCGAUUUCCGCCGCUUUGCACGAGACUUUUGUUCAUUGUAAAUACGCUAACAGUGCUUCUCAGUUUUUGUAAUAUUGAAUGCGAAUUAUUUGCUGUAUUUAUAAAGAUUUUGUUCGACACCUGAAGGCGUUUCUGCCGUCCUUCUGUCAUCUAUGUGCCUGUGAAAUGUCCCUGGGGUGGGGGCAUUUGAUCACCUGAAUGGACCCUAGUGUGGGGCAUUUGAACAGCAUUUUGGCCCGGGUAGAGGGGAAUUUGAACAAUAAUUUUCAAAAAAGUCAAAUGCCCGGGGGGUGGAUGUUGAAGCUUCGAUUUGACCGAUACAUAAGGGGAGCUUGAUCUUCAAAAUUUGUUCCGACUACUCGCUUACAAUCCGUAAUAAGAGCACAGGCUUGUAAUUGGUGAUGCUGUCAAGAAUAGAAGAACACAACAAGAGCCAACCAACCGCAAAAGGAGUGACAACAACUCGUCCUGAGUUAGUUUAAAAGUAUCACUGCUCAUUUGGAACGAACGAUGUUAUAAUAACCUUCAGCUGCACUGAUACAGUAAAUAAAAAUCAAAAUGAAAAUUAUUCGGUUCUAUCGAACACAAAAUGAGUCCGUAUUUCCUUGGGCUAUAUACGAGGAGUUGGCUAUUUAUAGCAAAUGGACAUGACUUGAACUGGAUUGGGUGUACAAUGUUGGAUUAGCUCGGUAAGAAUUUAAAAAGACUAUUUUUUUACGCUAACUCAGAGGAUGCGUGUCGGGAAGAAAAACCGUCAAGGCAGCGGUCGUUUUUUAGAUUGUUUUCACGUUUGGGGGUUUGUUUGUUUUUUCUUUGGUACGAUAUACAAUUCCAUUUUUACUUAAUGCUCAGAAAGGGCUUUAUUCAAUGUUUUGAAAGGUCUUGGCGAGUAUGAAAACGUCAAUUCAAGACAGAAGAGAGCGUCUCCCGCUAACUCACGAACAAAAUCGGUCCAAACAGAAUCGCAAGUAAAACUGCUCAUCAAAGAAGAGCUUCGAGUGCUGCAAAACCAAUUCUGUGCAAAAGAUGAAAAGCUUUGCCGCUCAGGACCAAAAGGUAAUGCAGGGCGACGGGGAAGACACGGAUUCCGAGGGAGACCAGGUCCCCCAGGGAAGCCCGGGCCAGAAGGACCUCCUGGUAAACAUGGUCCUGUAGGACCUCCAGGACCCGUCGGCAUUAAAGGUGAUCUCGGAGUACCGGGGGUUCCCGGUCUCAUGGGUCCUAGAAGCCCACCAGGUCAAAAGGGAACCAAGGGUGAGCCGGGCCAGUCCAUCACGGCUCCUUCUGGGCUGCAGGGUCCUGUUGAAACAACUGUUAAUCAAAGUCAGACUGCCAUCUUGAAAUGUUCAGCAGAUGGAAAUCCAACCCCACAAAUCACGUGGUCUAAGAUGAACUCGCGGCUUCCAGUGGGACGUCACAAGGUAGAGUCCAGUGGUGCUCUGAAUUUGAAGGACGUGAGGCCUGAGGAUGAGGGAGUCUACAGCUGUCAAGCUAAAAAUUUACUGGGGAGCGUUAACGCUUCAGCCAACUCACUGUACAGUGUAAGUCGACCUGGUCAAUUUAAUUAAAUAUCAAAGUGGACUAAGAAUUUUAUUAAUCGACAAUUACCAGGGGAGUCUAGAAACUAAACUUCAAAAAGACAAGUUGGAUAGACGGGGAUUAAAAAGCUCCUUAAACAGAACAUUAGAAAAAAAAUUCGUACAUUAUGUCACCGGUUACAAUUGGAUAUUUAACUUCAAAUCAUGGUAUUAUGGUAUAGUUCAGACAGUGUUUAACCGAAAACAUGUAUGUUGUCGUUCUCAAUUUUGCUACAUCUGAUCUGUAUCUGGAUAUUGCUUAGUGUGAAUAGUAUCAAGAAGGGCAACAACGCAGGCUACCAAACUAUUUAUCUCCUUAAAAUAAGCCACUUGUAAACACAUUUUGGGGGCCACUAGCCUGUUUCAGGCUCCGAGAUAGUCGGGUCCGCUGAAUUUAGAAAGCGCGAACACGAAAAUAAAGCGGGAGGAAACGUGCCUUUUACUUUCGCGUCUUCCCCACUAUCUGAGAGCCUAGAACAGACUAGGGGACCACUGAUUUGUUUGAACUGCACUUUAACUCAGACUUUCUUUAAGAACCGGCCCCGAUUUUCUAUUUUUCACUAGUUGGUCCGCAACUUUCAUUGUCAUCCAAUCGACUGAUGGCUGAAGAGAAACAAAACGUCACCAUGGCCUGCACUGCUACUGGUCAGCCGUCACCUAGGAUCACGUGGUCCAAGGCAGUGGGAAGUUUACCUGGAGGCAGAAUCAAGAUGCAAGAUGGAACCAUGAAAAUCUACAGUGUCACAAAAAAGGAUGGUGGAACAUACAUUUGUAAGGCCAAGAAUAUUCUGGGUUCUUCAAUAGCCACUGCUCAACUUAUUGUGUACACUCCUUUGCGGUUCAAAGUCCGUCCUCCACAAGAAGUGACUCCUGUCGUUGGUUCAACUGUCCGUCUGCCGUGUGUGGCCGCGAGUGAGCUGAGUACUACACUUGCGUGGACAAUGGAUGGCGUUAGGGUACUUCCUGUAAAUGCCCGUGUUCUCCAAAAUGACACUCUAGUUAUUGAGAACAUCAAGAAAACUCAUAGAGGAUCUUACACUUGUCGAGCGAGUAAUGUUCUGGCAACAAUAGAAGCUAAAGUUAAAAUAAAUUUUCUAGGGAGAGCUGCUUCCUGUUCUGUGAUUAAAAAAUACGUCAGCAGUGUAAGCGGAAAUUACGUCAUUGAUCCUGAUGGCGAGGGAGGUCUGGCACCAUUCACGGUGUUCUGUGACAUGACUGAUAAAAGUGGAGUUGGCGUGACAGUCAUUAGUCACGACAGUGAGAGUAGAACACAUGUUGAUGGAUGUAAUCCAGGGUGUUACUCACGUGACAUUCGUUACACAGGAGCGAGUCUGUCUCAGCUGGCGAGUCUCACCAGAGUCUCUUCACACUGUGAGCAGUUUAUCAAGUAUGAGUGUUAUCAAACAAUGUUCUUAACACUUGGAUAUGCCUGGUGGGUGUCACGUGAUUCUUCAAAGAUGAUGUACUGGGGCGGAGCUUCACCUGGCAGUAGUAAGUGCGCAUGUGGGAUGACUAACUCAUGUGCAGACUCCAGUUAUGGUUGUAACUGUGAUAAGAACGACAAUGUAUGGCGUGACGACAGCGGUCUUCUCACUGAUAAGACAAAGCUUCCAGUAAAACAGCUCAGGUUUGGUGAUAGUGGCGAACGCAUCGAACACGGUUACCACACCCUGGGGAAACUGAAAUGCUUUGGCAUUGCAUGACGAUGAAUUACCUUGUACUAGAGAAACUAUAUCAUUCAUCAGUUUAACACUAGAUUCUAGCAAUUUAUAUCAUAUUGUUAAGUUGUAUCAUUGAGUUAACAGAGCGAAAGGUUCUAUUCUGCAAGUGGGAUAUUAACGUUACCAGUGAAAGUGACCGCUAAAUGGAUGAAAGCGUAAAAAUCUUUCUGUCUAGCUGGUAAUUUGGCAAAUAACAUAUUGCCCUUCACUUAAGUUUUUCCCGAAUUACUAGUUAAACUGUUAAGGUGUAGAUUAAAGCUUUGAAAAGAUAGCCCCUUCCUUGCUCAUUCCGGUAUGCAAACUGCUUUUAAAAUAUCCCCUGUUUGGAAGGUGGUCUAGGAAAGCAAGCAGUUUGAAAUUUGCAAAACCGUAACAAAGAGAAGAAUGACAGAACUCGAUGAACUAGAGCAAGUGUUCUUCUACCCUCCCCUCUCCCACCUUCCAUACCCAGAACGAGCUUGUUCGUUUCUUUUGCACCCCUACCCCAACCCCCGAGAGUUUUUGCAGCUGUUUUUCACCAAAGAAGAUGAGUACUCUAACAGCAAAAGGUAAACCUCGCGGAUAUAAUCAAUAAAUUUUCGUCAAACGAAACAGGAAAGCAAAAUUAGCUAUAAAGCAAAGAUAGCCUGACAAGUACAUUGGUGUCGUUUGACGAUUCCCUGAAAUAAUCAGUCUAAGAAGAGAAAUCGGGCUUCCCACGAGGAAGUGCGGAGACAAAGUUCGUUCCUCGCGGUAAUCUAGUUCGGUUCACUCGCGUUACCAGCCACAUUAUUACCGAACUCGAAACUGAAAAUCGCAAUCAAUAUUAAGUAUUCUCAGUACUCUACUGUGCUUGUGCAUUGUUCAUGAACUUACUCGCCUAAUUAUUAACAGAUUACCGUAUUUCCCGAAUAAUAGCCAGGGGCGAUUAUUCGGGGGAAGACGAUUAUUUCAAAUGCAUGUAUUGCUCAUUGGAAGUCGUGCACUAAAUAUUUUGCUUUAUAAUCCCGUUACUUAUCAAAAAUAAUCACAUUAUAUAAACUUAACAUAGGCUUUUUAAGUGUUCCAAAUUUGUUUCCCUGUUUAAUUUUCAAUUUCAAUAUUAUCGGUGCAUGUCAGAGCUUGAGUAGACUGCUUGCGUCCGCCUUUUCUCUUAAAAUGCGCUCGCCGCUCGGUGCUUGGGUUUCACGUGCAGUAACUUUGCAAAGAAAAAUAAGUGACCGCUCGCAGUCUAGAGCCUGAGUCGUCACUGAUCAGCUUUGUAACUAUUCUGUUGUAAACAGUCAGUAAAUAAAAGCUUGUUUGUUGUCCUAGGUGUCAACUUUACUCGACAGGGAGGGAAGAAGAUAGCGAAAGGGUUGGGUGGGGGUGAUUAUACCGUUAACUCUCUGUUGACGAACACCUCCAUAAGACACACACCUCCCUAAGACGGUCACCUGGUUGUUGUUGGUCCCUGCCGUUUUUCAGUCAUUCCACUGUAACUAUACUCUUUAAUAUAUAGAUUUACCCAGGGCUAAAAGCGAAGCUCUGGUUAAUAUUAAUACUCAUAAACAAAGAAUUAAAUGGUGUAAUGUUAAACAGAGACGGCAAUGAAAAUGGCAUCAAGAUCAAUACAUCUAAUUAGCAAAAAAACACUGCACGUGCAGCACACUUUUUUUCUUAUUAGGAAAAAACAAAUUUGCACGUGCAGCACGCUUUUUGGUCUUUCUUUGCCGCUGUUUUGCACGACUACAACGCUGUUUUGUACGACUAAAGCGUCAAACUGUCUAGUUACACAUUAUUUUUAUGGAGGGAGGAAUUGUCGUAUGUGCCUACCCAAUAUUUUGUUUCCUGUGUUCAUGUUCACCUUUUUUCUUUUUUUUUUUCACUGGCCCUCAUUUACACCCUACUGGUCGCUCCUUGCUGGCCGCUAGCAUUUCUAAUUUUCUUACCGCCGCUUUGAAUUUUCAUGUUUUUCUUCCUACGGAAUUCGUCUCCUUUGUUUUCAAUCACUCGCUCUAGCUCUUUCUUCGUUAUCCACUUGAGUGUAAGCAUCAAAAAUAACGUCGAAGAAGACACGGCUUUGUUGUUGUUUAUUCUUUCUAAAAGUCCGGGCGGCCAUGCGAUUUCCUUCCAAAUAAAACCUUGAGUUGCAUUUGAGUUGUUAUACCUGUCGAUUGAGUUAUUUUACAUUGGUAUGCCUGUGGUGCGUAUGGACGGUCGGUCAAGAGGGCGGGCAGGCGUGCGGUCACGUGACUACCAAAAUUUCUCGGAUGCAUAGGUUACUAAAUUUUCUUUCCCGUGGUGCUCCGCUUCGCGCCCUUUACGCGCGAGAGAGCUCCGCUAUGAGACGGGCACCUCUCUAAAACGGACAACGGACCCUUAUGAAACCGUCAACGCACACUUGAGAAGUCGGCUUUAUGCAGUAAACAUACCUCAAAACGCAAAUUUAGGUGCUCUACAUGACAGUAAAUUGCUAGAUUUUCAUAUUUUGUAGUCUUUCUCCAGUUCAUAGAGUCAGCUGUAGAGUGCAUACUGUUGCGCUUUUAGAUCGCUAAGCUGUGAACUUUGGCUUGUAUUAUGAACGUUUGAUUUUAUAAUAAGAAAAUGAUUUCACAUUUGUGUGCAAUAUUCUAGUUUUAGCUGUUUUUCACAAGUUAAACGGACGUGUACUCAUUGCGAAUGGGUUCAGCCUAUAUAUGUUUAUACUGGUGUCAGGUUACCUCAACCCUCUGUAAGCCUGACAUCCCUCUAAGACGGACAGUAGCGGCCGGUCCCGAAGGUCUCCAUCAAGGAGAAAGUUGACUGUAAGUUCAGAGUUUUUAGUGAAACAAAAGUGUCGUCUGAAAAGUGCAAUGUUUCCAGACUUUUCGGGCUUGAGCCCUUCCUCAGUCACAAAUUUAAGUGGUUUCUGAAAGAACCAUAGUAUCUUUCACUGGCUAGCCUGUUCCAGGCGUUCGGAUGGUGGGGAGCGGGCGAAAACGCCUCAGUCUCCCCUCGUUUUUUUUUUCCCUCGUGUUUCUUUUUGCGCUCGCCGCGUACGAUUUCAGUUGCUCCCCACUACCUAAACGCCGGAAACAGGCUAUUCUUUGGCUGGAUCCAUUUGUUCUGUUAAAGUGGCGGAUUACCAUUUAGAAAUAUAAAGUCCUGCAAGCCGGGACUUAACAGCACUGACUGAAAGGUUCCUUUAAGCAGUUAACUUGGUCUAUUGUUACCGCCACCCCAAUUUAAAAGUAACUGAGCUAAAUUGUUGGCACGGUGAAAGCACGACGUAAAAGGUUUUUAUCGAUCGAUAUCAUUUUAAGAACGUACAGUUCACUGUUUUAACGGGAAACAACAUUUCUUGAAUUCCGCAUCACAGAAUCAGUAAAUCACAUAUCCCGCGCCAAUUCGAGGGACUCACUAAUACGGUUCUUCAAUCUCGUAAUCUCGACCCAAAAUUUCGCGUUAUCCCCUAAUCCCAAGGGUUAGUUUUGGCAUCUCACCUCCCGCCUAUACUUUCAAUCCCGAAACCUAACCCAAUUUUGCUUUCAAAUCCCGAAUCCCGAGCUUCAAAGAAGGGAAAUCCCAGGUCCCGAAAAACGUAUUCGGCACCCUUCAAUUCGGGAUCCAACGCUAACUCGAGCUCUGCAUUUCAUAUGAAAUCCCGAAUCCUGCGGGUAAAUAAGUUAAAUACCAAAUCUCAAAAAAAAAAAAAAACGUUUUGCGGGGACCCUCAACAAUUCUGAACAGGAAGUCCCAGAAGUUCCCUCACUUUGAAUUUCCGCCAAUUGUUUAACCUAUAAUGCAUUGCUCUGGCUAGGUCAAGGGAUUAUUUUCUCGUAUCAGUUACAACUCAUGGUGGGUUGUAUCCAUUUCAGAGACGAAAUUUAAUAAGUCACGUUUCAGCUUCCGCUUUCCGUUUUGCUUAACAUAUAAAACGCUCUGAGUUUUCGUCGCCAAAGAAGAUUCACUCCACGCCUUCGAUUUGUUAUCUCGAAAUUGACGCUGUGUAUCUCUGAAAUCUGUUUUAAACAUGAAACAGCCGACCAGUGAGGAAGACAAGAAGAACAGCAGAGAAACACUGAACAGCUUGUGUUCUGUGUCAGCUUUGCUGUUGUCUGUUGCGUGUUGUAUGGCUCUAAUUCACGUGGAACUUCGAAUACAAGAACAUCAUCGACUGAUAUCACACUCGGUAACAGUCUGUGAUCAGAUGGAAACGCAGAUUCUGAGGAAAGUUCAGCAGAAUUACGAACGAUGGCAAGUUAUGAAAGUUGAUGACAUAAAAGGUCAUUUGCAGGGGACAAAUGGUAAGGAAAACUUUUAUAAAAUGUUCUGGUUUUUGAUGUAAUAUAUCAAACAUGAGACGCAGUGUUUCAUCACCAGAUGAAACACCGAGAAGAGAGUUGAAAAUACGACGCGUAGCGGAGUAUUUUUGACGAACUUCGAGGUGUUUCAUCUGGUGAUGAAACACUGUGUCGAAUGUUUGAUAUUUCUUCUCAAACAAAAUCAUUUUUGAAGGAGAAAUUAAGGAUGCAAAAAUGAGCAGUUUUUCAUCCGAUAUCCAAACACUCAUUAAACAUUAAUUUCCUUUGAAUUUUCUUUAUGAAUUAUUAAUGAGUUUGAGAAGUUAACAUCAGCUUGUUUCAGAUCCUGGCGAUUAUGAAAUUUAUCCUUGUUUAACAUAAUGUAUAGGUCAAAUCGAAGCUUCAACAACCCUCCCUCCCCCGGGCAUACCCCGGGCAUUUGACACCUUUGCCGUCCCGGGCAGGAGGGAAUUUGAUUAUCAGUGCCUUCCAGGGGGUGGGGAAUUUGAUCCCUAUGCGUUAGGGGUGGGGAAUUUGAACUGCACCCUCGAUUUCAUGUGAAAUCUCUGGCGUGGCGAGCUGCAUGGGGGACAUGGUGUUAGAGGAUUUUCGUGGAAAAGAUUGUGCCUUUGUGGCCAAUUAUGGUGUUAGAGGAUUUUCGUGGAAAAGAUUGUGCCUUUGUGGCCAAUUGGUUACGAUGUUUGUGCCGUAUUUGAAGGUAUUUAAAUUUUAAUAUUUUUAAUAUUGGAUUCAGGCUUUGAAUAUAUGAAUGUAUUAAGUUGUGUUUAUAAUGAAUUACAAUACCUAUACCGGGUUUCAAUACAGCAAUAAAAAGCUCAACAGAGGUCAAUUAUUUUGACUUGCGCAUGUAUGUUAAUUAAUAAGGUGAGCGAUGGUACAUGUCAGUGAAUUUUUCAUGAUGUAGUAAUCUCAGUAGGUCGGAUUAUUUUAUAAAGAACCUUUUGUAUGUUGCAUAACACACGAAGAAACUCUGAGCCUUUAGUGACCUUAUAGCAGCGAUUUCCGCCGCUUUGCACGAGACUUUUGUUCAUAGUAAAUACGUAUACGCGAACAGUGCUUCUCAGUUUUUGUAAUAUUGAAUGCGAAGUAUUUGCUGUAUUCAUAAAGAUUUUGUUCGACAACUGAAGGCGUUUCUGCCGUCCUUCUGUCAUUUAUGAACCUGUGAAAUGUCCCAGGGGUGGGGGCAUUUGAUCACCUGAAUGGACCCUAGUGUGGGGCAUUUGAGCAGCGUUUUGGCCCGGGUAGAGGGGAAUUUGAACAAUAAUUUUCAAAAAAGUCAAAUACCCGGGGGGUUGCCCGGGGGGUGGAUGUUGAAGCUUCGAUUUGACCGAUACAUAAGAGGAGCUUGAUCUUCAAAAUUUGUUCAGACUACUCGCUUACAAUCCGCAAUAAGAGCACAGGCUUGUAAUUGGUGAGGCUGUCAAGAAUAGAAGAACACAACAAGAGCCAACCAACCGCAAAAGGAGUGAAAACAAUUCGUCCUGAGUUAGUUUAAACGUAUCACUGCACAUUUGGAACGAACGAUGUUAUAACAACCUUCAGCUACACUGAUACUGACAGUAAAUAAAAAUGAAAAUUAUAAUUAUUCGGCUCUAUCGAACACAAAAUGAGUCCGUAUUUCCUUUGGGCUACAUACGAGGAAUUGGCUAUUUAGCAAAUGGACAUAACUUGAACUGAACUGGGUGUACAUUGUUGGAUUAGCUCGGUAAGAAUUUAAAAAGACUAUUUUUUUAAAUGCUAACUCAGAGGAUGCGUGUCGGAAAGAAACACCGUCAAGGCAGCGGUCGUUUUUUUAGAUUGUUUUCACUUUUGGGCGUUUGUUUGUUUUUUCUUUGGUACGAUAUACAAUUCCAUUUUUAUUUAAUGCUCAGAAAGGGCUUUAUUUAAUGUUUUGAAAGGUCUUGGCGAGUAUGAAAACGUCAAUUCAAGACAGAAGAGAGUGUCUCCCGCUAACUCACGAACAAAAUCGGUCCAAACAGAAUCGCAAGUAAAACUACUCAUCAAAGAAGAGCUUCGAGUGCUGCAAAACCAAUUCUGUGCAAAAGAUGAAAAGCUUUGCCGCUCAGGACCAAAAGGUAAUGCAGGGCGACGGAGAAGACCCGGAUUCCGAGGGAGACCAGGCUCCCCAGGGAAGCCCGGGCCAGAAGGACCUCCUGGUAAACAUGGGCCUGUAGGACCUCCAGGACCCGUCGGUAUUAAAGGAGAUCUCGGAGUACCGGGGGUCCCUGGUCCCAUGGGUCCUAGAGGCCCACCAGGUCAAAAGGGAACCAAGGGUAAGCCGGGCCAGUCCAUCACGGCUCCUUCUCUGCUGCAGAGUCCUGUUGAAACAACUGUCAAUCAAAGUCAGACAGCCAUCUUGAAAUGUUCAGCAGAUGGAAAUCCGACUCCACAAAUCACGUGGUCUAAGAUGAACUCGCGGCUUCCUGUGGGACGUAACAAGGUAGAGUCCAGUGGUGCUCUGAUUUUGACGGACGUGAGGCCUGAGGAUGAGGGAGUCUACAGCUGUGAAGCUAAAAAUUUACUGGGGAGCGUUAACGCUUCAGCGAAACUCACUAUACAGUGUAGGUCGACCUAGUCAUUUUAUUUAAAAAUUAAAGUGGACUAAGAAUUUUAUUGAUCGAUAAUUACCAGCGGAUUCUUGAAUUUAACUUGGUUGCAUAUACCGGGGUAAAAAAGGUCCUUAAACAGAACAUUAUAAACAAACUCCUAUAUUAUGUCAUCGGUUACAACUGGAUAUUAAACUUCAAAUCAUGGUAUUAAAACAUAGACAGUGUUUAAGAAAAGACAUGUUUUUUGUCGUGUUCAAUUUUGCUAAAUCUGAUCUGUAUCUGGAUAUCGUUUAGUGCUAAUAGUAUCAAGAAGGGCAACAACGUAACGCAGGCUACAAAACCAUUUAUCUACCUAAAAUACGGUACUUGCAAACACAUUUUGAGGGGACACUGAUUUUCUGCGCUCUAACUCAGUUUUUCUUUAACAACCGGCCCUGAUUUUCUAUUUUUUGCUAGUUGGUCCGCAACUUUCAUUGUCAUCCAAUCGACUGAUGGCUGAAGAGCAACAAAACGUCACCAUGGCCUGCACUGCAACUGGUCAGCCGUCACCUAAGAUCACGUGGUCCAAGGCAGUAGGAAUUUUACCUGGAGACAGAAUCAAGGUGCAAGAUGGAACCAUGAAAAUCUACAGUGUCACAAAAAAAGAUGCUGGAGUAUACAUUUGUAAAGCGGAGAAUAUUCUGGGAUCAGCCACGGCAACAACCCUUGUUAUGGUAUUCUCUCCAUUGCGGUUCAAAGGCCGUCCUCCACAAGAAGUGACUCCUGUCAUUGGUUAUACUGUUCACCUGCCGUGUUUAGCAGAGAGCGACCUGAGCCCUACAACUUAUUGGAGAAAGGAGGGCAAGUCCUUGCUUUCGUUAGAUUCCAAUGUUCUUUCGAAUGGAACUCUGGUUCUUCAGAACAUCAAGAAAUCUCACGAAGGAUCUUACAUCUGUAGAGCGAGCAAUGCCUUGGCAACAGUAGAAGCUAAAGUUAAAAUCAAUUCUCCUGUUAUGGCUACUUCCUGUUCUGUAAUUAAAAGAUACGCCAGCAGUGUAAGCGGAAGUUACGUCAUUGAUCCUGACGGCGAGGGAGGUCUGGCACCAUUCACAGUGUUCUGCGACAUGACUGAUAAAAGUGGAGUUGGCAUGACAGUCAUUAGUCACAACAGUGAGAGUAGAAUACAUGUGUCUGGAUGUGAUUCAGCAGGGUGUUACUCUCGUGACAUUCAUUACACAGGAGCGAGUCUGUCUCAGCUGGCGAGUCUCACCAGAGUCUCUUCACACUGUGAGCAGUUUAUCAGGUACGAGUGUUAUCAUUCAAGGGUAUUUAGGAGUGGAUACGCCUGGUGGGUGUCACGUGAUUCCGUAAAGAUGACGUACUGGGGUGGAGCGUUACCUGGUAGUGGUAAGUGCGCAUGUGGGAUGACCAACUCAUGUGCAGACUCCAGUUACGGUUGUAACUGUGAUAAGAAUGACAAUGUAUGGCGUGAGGACAGCGGUCUUCUCACUGAUAAGACAAAGCUUCCAGUAAAACAGCUCAGGUUUGGUGAUGUGAGUAGUCCCGAGGAAGGUUACCACACUCUGGGGAAACUGAAGUGCUUUGAUAUUGCAUGA